AUGUUGUCUAAAGUUGGCUUGAAUCUCAGCAGAGCAGCAUGCCGCUCGAGUAUAUGCAUGAAUAUGGCUAGAAGCGUUACUACCAAGACUCAUAUUACUGACCAUGCCACUGGAGAAGUUAUCAAAUUAACCGAUCCAUCGCUUCCUCAAAUGGCAGAUUACCCUAACCCUGUUCCCAAGUUGGCUCAAGAUAGGGAUCCUUACGGCAAAUACGACGAUCCUCAAAAUAGAAGAAAUUUGAAUGAACCUCUUAAUUUUAAUGAUGAUUUAUACGAUAUGUGGUCUCCAGAUUACUACCAACCGGUUUCAGAUAAAUCUGCUUUGAAAGCAAACGGGAUCUUUUUCGGUUCGGUUGUUGCUUUUGGUCUUGCUAUAUGGUAUUUCCAAUUGAAUCCUGAAAAACCAGCCAUGCCUAGAUCCUUCCCUUAUAAUGGUUUGGCUAAGACUUUGGGUUCGGGUAGUGAAGAAGACGCAAAAGUCUACCGUGUCAAGCCAGAUACCACUGCUGAACAAGAAUUGGGUGUCUUGGGUGCUAAUGACGAAAUCAAAAAGCAACAAGAGGCUUACUUGCAAGCUAACUCUGAUUUCAUCAAAGCUUAA